AUGACGUGAUCCACCCGGACGCGUGGACAGGAAAGAAGAAAUAGGGUCAGCUCUCUGUUCUCUCCAUCUAUCUAUCUCUCUCUCUCUCUCUCGAUCGAUCGAUCGAUGGGAAGCUCUCCAUCUCCAGAUUGCUUGGAGCCGCCGCAAGGAUCUCUCGUCUUCGCGUUGAAUGGAAAUCGCGUGGAGCUCCACCAUGUCGAUCCCUCCAUGACGCUGCUCGCAUUCCUCCGCAACGAGGCGGCGCUCACGGGCACCAAGCUCGGCUGCGGCGAGGGAGGAUGUGGAGCAUGCGUGGUUCUUGUGUCCAAGCACAGCGCCUCCCGCGGCGAGAGCGAGGAUUUCACCGUGAAUUCGUGCCUGGCGCCUCUCUGCUCGCUCCACGGCUGUGCCGUCACGACGAUUGAAGGCCUGGGAAACUCCCGCGACGGGCUCCACUCGAUCCAGAAGAGAUUUGCGGGGUUCCAUGGCUCGCAGUGUGGAUUUUGCACGCCGGGUAUGUGCAUGUCGCUCUACGGCGCGCUGCGAUCGCAGCCCAGGCCUACGCAGACGGUGGAUUUGGAGAAAUCCAUCGCUGCGAAUCUGUGCCGCUGCACGGGCUAUAGGCCGAUCUCCGAUAUUUGCAAGAGCUUCUCCAGCGAUGUGGAUCUUGAGGACCUCGGGAUAAAUUCCUACUGGAAGCUGGGAGAUACGCCGGAUAGAAAUCUCCUGCCGGGCUACAAUCCAGGACUGGAAGGUUCUCGGUUCCCCGACUUUCUGGAUCGUCAGGAUCACUCUCUCGUUGCUCUGGGUUCUACGAAGAAAUGGAUUCGACCGGGUGGUUUGGAGGAAGUUUUCACGAUGCUCGAGAGGUAUCAAGACACGGCCAGGCUCGUAGCUGGAAACACCAGCACAGGGAUUUACAAGGACGAUCUCCAGUCCAGUCCGGAAGUUUUCAUAGAGAUUGGUGCCGUUCCAGAGCUCCUGGAGGAGAAAGUUAUCGAGGAUGGGAUUGAAGUCGGUGCUGCCGUGAAGAUAUCCAAGCUUAUAGCUCUCCUCAAGGCUUCUGGCCGCAGUGAUUCGAGCGGAGUUUAUCUCAAGUUGGCCGAGCACAUGAGAAAAGUGGCAACUUUGCACGUAAGAAACGCGGGGAGCGUGGGAGGAAAUCUGAUCCUGGCACAGAAGCUCGGCUUCGACUCCGACAUUGCGACUUUACUGGUUGGAGCCGGCGCUUCGGUCAAGGUGGUGACGCAGAAGUUUGGAGAAUCACGGCAGUCUGUGGAGGACUUUGUGGCAGCUACAUGGGACGGGAAAAGCAUUUUAAAGUCGAUCUGCAUCCCAUCCUACAGCAAGCAGGACAACGUCAGGUUUGACUCAUACAGGGCAUCACCUCGGCCUCUCGGAAACGCCGUGGCUUACGUGAAUGCGGCGUUUCUCGUCAAUCUCUCGGGUGACGGACGAGUUUGCGAGUCGAGGCUCGCGUUCGGUGCUUUUGGAGGAGAGCCUACUUGUCAGCGUGCUACUGAAGUUGAGAGGUUUCUCGAAGGGAAGGUGGUGGACAGUGGAGUUAUGUUGGAGGCCAUCCAGCUUGCGAAGAUUUGUAUAGUGCCAAAGAAGGGAACCUCGAAGGCCGACUACAGGUCUUCGCUUGUUGCGAGCUUCCUCUUCAAGUUCUUAAGCUCUCUAGCCGCUCCAAGCAGCAGCAUUGUACCUGAGCUGCCGUAUGUUACACAGACCCAGAAUGGAAGCACCCCGAGGUCGUCAAGAAAGAUCAUGUCUGGGAGACAGACAUUGCAAGAACAUCUCCAGGGAGCUGUCGGACAGCCAAUGUCCAAGGUUAUGGGAGAGCUUCAAGCUUCAGGUGAAGCUAUUUACGUGGAUGAUAUUCCAGCUCCGAGGGACUGCGUGCACGCAGUCUAUGUUUACAGUACGAAAGCAUUGGCAAAGAUAAACGGAAUCCGGCUUGAGAAUGCACUGGCUUCGCCUGGCGCGGUGUCCUUCGUUGGAGUUGAUGACAUUCCUUCUGGCGGACAGAAUAUGGGCCUCGUCUCCGAUCUCUCUCAAGAAAAGCUCUUCGCCGAGAAUAAAGUUGAGUGCGUGGGCCAUGCCGUCGGACUUAUGAUUGCGGACACGCUGAGAAACGCCAAGGCCGCCGCCGGCAAAGUUGUGAUUGAUUACGACACGGAGUCUGUCGGCUCUCCCGUGCUAACCAUGGAAGAAGCGGUUGCCAGAGGGGAACUCCACGAAAUCCCACAGUUUUGCAAGGAUGUGAUGAAGGACAAACACGGUAAUGUUGCCGAAGAGAUGGCCAAGGCCAGUCUUAAGAUCGAAAACGCUGAGGUGCGCACAGGGUCGCAGUACUAUUUCUACAUGGAACCACAGACUGCGUUGGUCGUUCCGGACGAGGACAACUGUCUCGUCGUCUACAGUUCCUGCCAGAGCCCCGACUUUGUGCAACACAGCGUGUCAGCCUGCCUCGGCUUGCCCAUGCACAACGUGAGAGUCAUCACCCGACGAGUUGGCGGAGGAUUUGGAGGCAAAGGCACCAAAGCCUGCCUGGUUGCCUCUGCCUGCGCACUCGCCGCGUACAAACUCCGCCGCCCCGUCCGCCUCACUCUCGACCGCAACACAGACAUGAUCAUGAUGGGUGGAAGGCACCCAAUGAAGGCCGUUUACGACGUAGGCUUCGAGCCCGACGGCAAGAUCAACGCCCUCCACGCCAAGAUCUUCAUCCAAGGAGGCUGGUCGCCAGAAUUCACCCCUGUCAUGCCAAUGGGGGUGCUCUCCGCCCUUAAGAAGCUCAACUGGGGAGCUUUCUCCUUCGAGUUCGUGCUGUGCCGGACCAACAUCCCGAGCAGGACGGUUAUGCGCGCCCCGGGCGACGUCCAAGGCUGCUUCUUCGCCGACGCAGUGGUCGAGCACGUCGCAGCUCUCACAAACUUGAGCUCGGAGCUCGUCAUGGAGCGCAACCUCCACUCGGUCGAGAGCGCCGGGGCGGCCUACGGCGCGGCCGCGGUUGGGGGCGAGGAAGGAUACACUCUCCCGGCGGUCUGGUCGCGGCUGAAAGAUCGAGCAAACGUUGACGAGCGGCUACGUGAAGUGGAGAGAUACAACGCAGCCAAUGCUUGGAAGAAGCGCGGGGUGGCGGUGUCGCAGAGCACGUACACUGUGCAGCAGAGGUACCAGCCAGGGAGAGUGUCGAUCAUGGCGGAUGGAUCCGUGGUGGUGGAGACUGGCGGCGUGGAGAUUGGACAGGGGCUGUGGACCAAAGUGAGGCAGGCGGCGGCGAGCGCGCUGGGUGAGGGGCUCGGCGGUGGAAUUUGCGUGGACGUAGGGAGAGUCCGGGUGGUCCAGGCGGAUACCAUUAGCAUGCCGCACGGUGGAUGGACUGGCGGUAGUACCACGUCCGAGGCGAGCUGCGAGGCCGUGCGGCAGGCUUGCCGGGUGCUCGUCAACCGCUUUAAGCCGAUUCAUGAGAAGAGAAUGGCUGAGUGCCGGGAUGGAGAGACGGUGUCGUCGUGGGAAUCGCUCGUUCUUGCUGCAAAGAAUGCUCGGGUCGAGAUGGCCGCGCAAACUGCCUUCGUUUCGUCGCCUGAGGCCCUGACGUACAUAAACUAUGGUGCUGCUGCUAGUGAGGUUGAGAUCGAUGUUCUCACUGGCGAGUACGAAAUUCUCCAAACCGACAUUGUCUACGACUGUGGGAAGAGCAUAAAUCCGGCCGUGGACAUUGGACAGAUCGAGGGUGCGUUUGCUCAAGGCGUGGGAUUCUUUACAUCCGAGGAGCAUCGCCACGACGAGCAAGGAAAGCUUAUAAACGAUGGAACAUGGACGUACAAGCCUCCAACGCUGGACAACUUACCUCGCCGUCUCAAUGUGGAGCUCCUCAACAGCAAAGUUCACGAGCACAGGAUACUGUCAUCCAAAGCUUCUGGAGAGCCACCUUUGCUCCUGGCAUCGUCAGUGCACGGUGCUCUCAGGCACGCCAUAGCUGCUGCUCGUAAGAACCUCCGCGAUCCGGAGCCUUAUUUCCAGCUGGACGCCCCAGCCACGAUAGACAAGGUGCGAAUGCUCUGCGGCGUCGAAAACAUAGAGCUUUAUCUCAAAGCUUAAGAGGUAUCGCAAGCUUUUCUCGAGCUGUAAACUAUCUAUGGUAUAAGGACAGUAGAGCCAGUUGUUCUUCGA